AUGAUGGCGUUACCGUCGGAUGAAGUGUCGUUAUCAUCUUUACCAUCGUCUCCAAGCAAUUCCACGGCUCUUGUGAUCAAAAAAAAUAACGAGGAUCUACAACUUACUGCUGGUCAUUCUGAUCUAGAGCUACAUCUCUUGCAAACCUUUGUUGCAUACACGAAUCAACAGCUUAUUCAUUCGUAUCGGAGCAUUAAACAGGCAUCACGCGUCACGUGCUUUCUAGCAGACAUGACGGAGAAGUUGAUGUCACGUUCAGGGCUUGUGACAUUUGUACGGCUUUUCUACCAUCAGUAUAUGCGACUUGGUCAUCCAUUUGUACAACAGGUUGAUGAUGCCAUGGGCAAGCGCGUGAUUGACGCAGUUGUGAGUAUUUUGAUGCUAUCAAAGCAGCAAUCAGACCAUGACAAGCCGAUUCAGACGUUAGCACUAACUGCUGAAACAGACAAGAAGAAUGAGGACGAUCAAGUGCAUGAUGAGCUCUUGGCUGCCACUAAAUUAUCGUACACGGAACGAUUCCAAGCUCUACUGCUGGGUCAAGUGCCACGGAUGGAGCAGGCAUUGAUCCAAGCUCGUUGUCAACUACUGGAGGAAGCAACUCGACAAGACUUAUCAUCGCCUGUUGUGAUGGAGCUUAAAGACUUUGUACCUGUCGAAGAGGUAACCAAACUGAAAGAAGAAAGCAAGGAGUUGCUGCAAAAGGCUGCGAUGGAGGUAACUCGCUUACAGACGGAGAUGACGAAGCUCACGCAGGAUAAACAACAACUUGAGCAACGGCUGACGGACGUGCACAACUAUCAAGAGAGUGAGCGUGGUCGACGCUUUUUGGAAAUGGAGGAGGAACUGGCGCGGACUAAACUUGAGGCCAACCAGAAGGCGUACGAAUUGCGUAAGCUCGAGCUCAUUACUGAUGCACGAAAGAGCAAGCACAAGAAGAAGAGCAAGCACCACAAGGACGAUAAUCGGUUCAACACGUCGGAAAGCGCGCCGCCGUCUUCCGUGCCCGAGAAAAGGUCCAGGAAAGAGCAGGAAGGAAAGCGUAGCAGACAGAAUAGCAAUGUCACUGCUUAA